GAAACACAGUAGACCACACUCUUCGUGUUUUGCAGUGUCCAACGAACUCAAAAAGCCCAAAUCUCAAAGCUUUUUUCUCUUUCACUUUUUCCCCAAAUCCGCAGAUUCUGCUUCUUCAGCUUUGUGUUUCUACAGUGUGUGAGAGAGAGAGAGAGAGAAAGAUCGAUACUUUGACACUGCUCUCAUUCUCUCUGUCGCUUUGAACCAGACGAAGAAGCAAGAGAGAGAGAGAUAAAGAGAGUUUAAUGCGAAUUAAUGGGUUUGAUCUACAGAUCUGUGUGCCCUAAUUUGUCUCUGGCGUAACGGUCAUAUUUUACCCGGUUUCAAUUUGAGCUCUUCAUCGCUGCGUUACUGUGAUCUCGGAGCCUUCUUCCAAGUGAAUAUUUUAGGGCUCGUGUAGUGUGAAAGAGAUGCUGACGUGUAUAGCGUGCACGAAGCAGCUUAACACCAACAAUGGCGGAUCUACUCAACAAGACGAUGAAGAAGAUGGAGUUAUUGGGACCCCUAGGACUAAGCAGGCGAUUAAAUCACUGACGUCACAGCUAAAGGACAUGGCAGUAAAGGCUUCAGGGGCAUACAAAAACUGCAAACCCUGUUCCGGGACAUCAAACCGGAAUCAGAACCGAAACUAUGCUGAUUCAGAUGCUGCUUGGGAUUCUGGAAGAUUCCAUUAUGCAUACCAGAGAGCUGGGACUGCAAGCUCAACUCCAAAGAUUUGGGGGAAGGACAUGGAGUCCAGGUUAAAAGGGCUUUCUAGUGAAGAAGGUACACCUACGCCCAUGAGUGGCCGAACAGAAUCCAUAGUGUUCAUGGAAGAGGACGAGGCCAAGGAAUGGGUCGCGCAAGUGGAGCCAGGUGUUCUCAUCACAUUUGUGUCAUUACCUCAGGGAGGGAAUGAUCUAAAGAGGAUUCGGUUCAGUCGUGAGAUGUUCAAUAAAUGGCAAGCUCAAAGAUGGUGGGCAGAGAAUUUCGAGAAGGUUAUGGAGUUAUACAAUGUGCAGCAGUUCAAUCAGCAGAGUGUGCCGCUUCCAACUCCUCCUGCAUCCGAAGAUGAGGGGUCGCAGAUCCAGUCCGCAAAGGACAGUCCUGUAACUCCACCCCUGGACAGAGAGCGACCUCGCAGCAAUAUUCCAGGCUCUUCUGGUAUUGCUUCAACACCAAAGCUCUCUAGCAUCAGUGGAACCAAGACUGAAACAUCAUCAAUUGAUGGUUCUGCUAGAAGUAGCUCAGUAGAUCGAUCAGAGGAGGUCUCAGUGAGUAACGCAAGCGACAUGGAAAGUGAAUGGGUAGAACAAGAUGAGCCUGGUAUCUACAUAACUAUCAGAGCUUUACCAGAUGGUAAUCGCGAGCUUAGACGUGUUCGAUUCAGCCGAGACAAGUUUGGGGAAACACAUGCGAGGUUAUGGUGGGAACAGAACAGAGCUAGGAUACAACAGCAAUACCUGUGACUUGAUAGAUUUACUAAGUGGAGCAGCUACAAGACAAAGAACAUUAACAAAACACUUUUUUUUUCUAUAAUUGUAACUUAAACAAAUACUUUCUAGUUUUUUUCUCAAUGACCUUGGUCCUUGCUUCGUGUUGGAUAUUAUUUAUUUUUAGAGACCUAAUUCUAUAGGACAAAAUUUGUCUCUCAGUAAGUCUCUAUUGUUAACAUGAAAAAAGUGAAAUAUGAGAUAAUAUAUGAAUAUAAUAUAAGUUAUUCCAAUCA